AUGUCUAACAAUAAACUGUCAGGGUUGAGAGAUGCUGGGGCUUUGUUGGGAGACAAGAACAAAAUUCUUGUCGCGAACAGAGGUGAAAUUCCCAUCAGGAUUUUCAGAACUGCCCAUGAACUGUCCAUGAGGACGGUGGCGAUAUUCUCACACGAGGACAAGCUGUCGACGCACAGGUUGAAGGCAGACGAGUCCUACGCCAUCGGUGAGCCACACCAGUACACUCCCGUGGGUGCAUACUUGGCCAUCGAUGAAAUUAUCAAUAUUGCAAAGACGCAUCAAGUCGAUUUCAUCCACCCUGGGUACGGGUUUCUCUCUGAGAACGCAGAGUUUGCGGCAAAGGUCAUUGAGGCUGGGAUCACUUGGAUCGGACCACCCCCAGAGGUGAUCGAUUCCGUUGGGGAUAAAGUAUCCGCUAGAAACCUUGCUGCAAAGGCCAAUGUCCCCACUGUCCCAGGUACACCUGGCCCCAUUGAGACCGCUCAGGAGGCUGAGAAGUUUGUUGAAGAGUACGGGUACCCUGUCAUCAUCAAAGCCGCGUUCGGUGGUGGUGGUAGAGGUAUGAGAGUCGUCAGGGAGGGUGAAGACAUUGCGGACGCAUUUGAACGUGCCCGGUCAGAGGCGGUCACCGCCUUUGGGAACGGUACCUGUUUUGUAGAAAGGUUCUUGAACAAGCCAAAGCAUAUCGAGGUACAACUUUUGGCCGAUAACCACGGGAAUGUCGUCCACUUGUUUGAAAGAGACUGUUCCGUGCAGAGAAGACACCAGAAAGUCGUCGAGGUGGCACCAGCGAAAACUUUGCCCCGUCAUGUCAGAAACUCCAUCCUUACAGAUGCCGUGAAAUUGGCGAAGGAAGCAGGUUACAGAAACGCGGGGACAGCAGAGUUCCUUGUCGAUGACCAGGACAGGCACUACUUUAUAGAGAUCAAUCCAAGAAUCCAGGUGGAACACACUAUCACGGAGGAAAUUACUGGGAUUGACUUGGUUGCUGCCCAAAUCCAAAUUGCAGCAGGUGCUACGCUAGCAGAACUGGGGCUGAUGCAAGACAAAAUCACCACUAGAGGGUUUGCCAUCCAAUGUCGUAUCACGACGGAAGAUCCGGCCAAGAAUUUCCAGCCGGACACCGGUAGAUUGGAAGUCUACAGGUCUGCCGGGGGUAACGGUGUUAGAUUGGAUGGUGGUAAUGCUUACGCUGGUGCGGUCAUCUCCCCACAUUAUGACUCUAUGUUAGUGAAGUGCUCGUGUUCGGGUUCCACUUAUGAAAUAGUUCGUCGUAAGAUGAUCCGUGCCUUGAUUGAGUUCAGAAUCAGAGGUGUGAAAACGAACAUACCCUUUUUAUUGACACUACUAAUGCAUCCGGUAUUCUUCGAUGGUUCAUACUGGACUACUUUCAUCGACGAUACUCCUCAAUUGUUCCACAUGGUUCACUCUAGAAACAGAGCUCAGAAAUUGUUGCAUUACUUGGCCGACUUGGCUGUCAAUGGUUCUUCUAUUAAGGGACAGGUUGGCUUACCAAGAUUGAACAAAGUCCCAGAUGUGCCACAUUUGCACGAUGAAAAUAACAAUCCAAUUAACGUCCACGUCACUGCACCUCCUUCUGGGUGGAGAGACGUCUUAUUGAGAGACGGUCCAGAAGCGUUUGCCAAACAGGUCAGACAGUUCAGCGGUACUUUGCUAAUGGACACCACGUGGAGAGACGCUCACCAGUCUCUACUAGCCACCAGAGUCAGAACGUACGAUUUGUUGGCCAUUGCACAGACCACAGCGCAUGCGUGGGCCGGUGCAUUUGCACUCGAGUGUUGGGGUGGUGCAACUUUUGACGUCGCAAUGAGAUUCUUGCACGAGGACCCAUGGGACAGGUUGAGGAAGUUAAGGAAAUUGGUCCCCAACAUCCCAUUCCAGAUGUUGCUCCGUGGGGCCAACGGUGUUGCGUACUCCUCUUUGCCAGACAACGCCAUCGACCAUUUCGUCAAGCAGGCCAAGAACAACGGUGUUGACAUCUUCAGAGUCUUUGACGCCUUGAACGAUCUGGACCAAUUGAAGGUUGGUGUUGACGCGGUCAAGAAGGCCGGUGGUGUAGUCGAAGCUACCAUCUGCUACUCCGGUGACAUGACGCAACCUGGGAAGAAGUACAACUUGGAUUAUUAUUUGGAAAUUGCCGAAGCAGUUGUCCAAAUGGGUACUCACAUCCUAGGUAUCAAGGACAUGGCCGGCACUUUAAAGCCAGCGGCUGCGAAAAUGCUGAUCGGGUCGUUGAGAGCCAAAUAUCCAAACAUGCCUAUUCACGUCCACACUCACGAUUCCGCCGGUACAGCUGUUGCCUCCAACGCCGCCUGCGCCCUAGCAGGUGCCGACGUGGUCGACGUGGCCAUCAACUCCAUGUCCGGUUUGACAUCCCAGGCCUCCGUCAACGCACUUUUGGCCUCGCUAGAUGGUCUGGUGGAAACUGGUGUCAGCGAAAAGCACGUGCGUGAGUUGGAUGCAUACUGGGCUGAGAUGAGACUGCUAUACUCUUGCUUCGGUGCAAACUUGAAGGGCCCAGAUCCAGAAGUUUACCAGCACGAGAUUCCAGGUGGACAAUUGACCAACUUGCUGUUCCAAGCUCAACAAUUAGGGUUGGGUGAACAAUGGGCCGAGACGAAGAGGGCCUACAGAGAGGCCAACUACUUACUUGGUGACAUUGUCAAGGUCACUCCCACUUCGAAAGUGGUUGGUGACAUGGCACAAUUCAUGGUUUCCAACAAGUUAACUGCUGAUGACGUCCGCAGAUUAGCGAACCAACUGGAUUUCCCUGACUCAGUCAUGGAUUUCUUUGAAGGUUUGAUUGGCCAACCGUAUGGUGGUUUUCCAGAGCCUUUGCGGUCUGACGUGCUGAAGAACAAGAGACGGAAACUGACGUGCCGUCCAGGGUUAGAGCUAGCUCCCUUCGACCUGGAUGCAAUCCGUGAAGAUCUGAACUCGAGGUUUGGUUCCGACAUCGACGAAUGCGAUGUUGCCUCUUACAACAUGUACCCGAAAGUGUACGAGGACUUCCAAAAGACCAGAGAGUUGUACGGUGAUCUGUCGGUCCUUCCAACGAAGAAUUUCCUAGCUCCCGCUGCCAUCGGUGAGGAGAUCGAAGUCACAAUCGAGCAAGGUAAGACAUUGAUAAUCAAACUACAAGCCGUUGGUGAUCUGAACAAGGAGACCGGUCUGCGCGAGGUGUACUUUGAACUAAACGGUGAGACGAGAAAGAUUCGUACAGCUGACAAAUCGCAGGUUGUUCAAACCGUGUCGAAACCUAAGGCUGACGGUCAUGAUGUGUUCCAAGUGGGCGCCCCAAUGGCUGGUGUCAUUGUGGAGGUGAAAGUCCACAAGGGUUCGCUAGUCAAGAAGGGCGAGGCUGUGGCAGUGUUGAGUGCAAUGAAGAUGGAAAUGGUCAUCUCUGCGCAAACGGACGGCCAAGUGAAGGAAGUGUUGAUCAACGACGGUGAAAACGUUGAAGCAUCCGAUCUACUGGUCGUUCUAGAAGAUACCAACGUCUAA